UUCUCCCACAAAUAUCCACAAGAUUAUACAUACACACCCUUGUAUCUAUACAUGCAUAUAAAUAAGAGACCUAGGGUUCUUUACUUCCAAGAAACGCAAGAAUCCCCUUUUGUGCCUCUCUCCUGAUCUGACUCUUGACUUCUCUCUGUUCCUCUGUUGAAAAAUGUCAGAUGAAGUGGAGUAUCGCUGUUUUGUUGGUGGCCUCUCAUGGUCAACAUCUGAUAGAGAUCUAAAAGAUGCAUUUGAAAAGUUCGGCCAUCUUCUAGAGGCAAAGGUUGCUGUCGACAAGUUCUCUGGACGUUCUCGUGGAUUUGGGUUUGUCACCUUUGAUGAGAAGAAAACAAUGGAAGAAGCCAUUGAAGCAAUGCAUGGAAUGGACUUAGAUGGGCGGACUAUUACUGUUGAGAAAGCUCAGCCUCACCAAGGAUCUGGCAGAGAUCAUGACAGCGAUCGCUCCCGGGACCGGGACCGGGACCGUGGUCGUGAUCGUGAUCGCAGCCGUGAUUAUGGAGGUGGUCGCGGAUCUGGUGGUGGAGACUGCUUCAAGUGUGGGAAGCCAGGUCAUUUUGCUAGGGAAUGUCCCAGUGGAGGAGACAGAGGAGGUGGUAGGUAUGGUGGUAGGGAUGAUAGGUAUGGCGGUGGCGGUGGCAGUGGCGGUGGUGGAGGGCGUUAUGGUCCUGAUAGGAAUGGAGAUCGAUUUGGGGGACGUAGUAGGGAUUCUGGUGGUGGUGGGGGAGGUGACCGAUAUAGUCGUGACCGUUCUGGACCAUAUGACCGUAGGAGUUCAGGAGGUUUCCGAUCUUGAUGAAAUGACUGCUUAAAAUUGUGCUGAAGAACUGGAGGGGCGACGGCUACUGGAUGCAGGUGAUGGAAGAUUCUGUUUACUGGAUGUGUUCACUUCUUGAUGUUUGGGCUAGCAGAACUAUGUAGUUGAUCAACUUUUGAAAAUGUGGAUCUUGGCACCAAUAACCUACUAUUCUGUGUUCCUAAAAUGUUCGAUAUCAUGGUCUGAUGGGUUCUUAUGCAUGCUUGACAUGUUCGAAUGUGGUUUUACACUUUUGAAUGCCAUUAUUGCUGCUGGAUAUCUACUUACUUGAAUGGGCAAAAUUACAAAUGUCAUUGUUGCUGCUGGGUGCAUAAUGAAUUUCUUGAAUUGGGAGUUGCAUAUCUGGAAGGUUUUUGAUGUUAAACAGGUAUAGGGGCCCAAUGGUGAGGACUUUGCAUGUUUGGUGAUUAUACAAAAUAUUUUGGGGUCCUUGAUCAGAUGACUACUUAUUUUCAAUGGGGGUAGAGACUUAGAAGCAUAAUCUCCUUUCCUGUUCUUCUAACAACGUUCUUAACAAAUAAAUGGGAGUUAACCGGGCUAUUUAUGGUCUUUUUGGAUACAUGAUUGGGUUCUUUGUUGCUAAUUGGAUGUGUUUAUACAUAUUUAAAAUGAGAGUUUUUUGGGCAGCAACAAGCCAUCUGCAAGGUGCACUGUUGGAAGAGUUCCAUACUUCUUAAACAUGUGGCAUGUUGUUUGGAAGCUCUUGAAGAGUUGAGCAACUGCUGUCCAUUGUUUUGUUAUGGUUCUCUGUUCCACAUGGCUCUUUUUGGGAGAAGGUUCUUGUUGUUCUCCGCGUGUAAUGCUAUGGUUUUUAUUGCUGAGAUCCAGAUGACUCGUGUUUCUGUCUGUCAGCUUCUUGUUCCUUUGUCGGCUUGUGGUUCCCAUUAGAUGUUCCCUUUCACCUCGAUGAUGGUCAAUCUUUAAAUUUUCUGUUGGGAGACGACUGCCUCUUUUGAGUCCUGAACUGUCUUUGAAGGAAAAUGAUUCUUGGGAUGGUCUGUGUGUCUUUUUGUCUGUGGAGGAAGGUGCUUUUUCGUUUUCUUGGCCUUUUUGCUUUUAGCUGUAACACACUUUUGUUUAGGUCUUCCUUUCACUGAUUCAUGUCAGGGCUGAGCCUCAUCAUUUUUUA